UGAGCCAGCACCCCUCCACCGCGCAUGCGCGGCCCGGCACGCCCUACAUACGGCAACUGGCUGAGGCCAGCCAUAACUCGCCAUUGCUACAACGCACACGUCUUUACCAACGGGAUAGUGACUGUGAUAACGUGAUACCGUGAUAGUGUGAUGAUAUAACCGUGAUACAAUGGAUACAUAAUUUGGGAUUGUAGAGAAUUACAGCGAACAGAAUGCAGCCAACGACGAAACCAACCUGGCUGACAUGGCCCGGCUGGGACGACGGCAGGCGGGAACAACCCGACAGAUACCACAGGAGACGAAUGCGGCUCACGCUGCACGACCUGAGGGAUCUUCAGCUGCAGGCGUUCCUCGACUGGUCCCACCUGCCUCGCCAGGAGAUAGCUCUCUACACGCCCAAGCAACUGCGACAACUCAUCAGAGCGGAGAACUUCAACUCAGAGUUAGGAGUCCCCUUCCCCACAUCAGACGGCUCCUGGCGCCAGGAUCGGUACCCUCUCGACACAGGACCUUGGAGUUUGUCCGAUUUACAGCACAUCCGGCUGGAGACUGCGCCGCGGGACGUGUCGGGCGCGGAGGCGGGGCGGCGCGGGGAGGGGCUGGCGCGCGGCUGGCUGGCGGGCGCGGUGCUGCUGGCCGUGCUCGUGCUGCUCGUGCGCGCCGUCGAGAAGUGCCUCCACAGGAAGUUCCUAAGAAGCCGCCGACGUUCAGCAGAAUGGCCUGCCGCUAACGUUUUAGCUACUAGUAAUCAACCACCGAGCGAUAUAAAUAUUCCAUCUGAUGGAUUGCACUCAGAAAAUAACCAAGAUGUCUUAAAUAAUGACCUACCUCCGCCUUACUCCGAAUGUGCCACAGUCUCCACCGUUUCCGGAAUUGGAGCCAAUAAGAUUUACCACGAGGAACCGCCUCCACCCUACUCUGCGUGCCAUGUUGGCUUCUCAAACCCUAAAGACGGUAUACCUACCGUUCAUUUUUACAACAGACGGAGAGAGAACAUAUUUGAAAAUAAUAUGGAAGCUGGGCCCAGCAGUGAUCAAAAUACUGGACAAAACAAUAGUGUAACUGCAGGAUUAAAUUCUGAUACCGUAAAUAUUGGUUGUGAUCAAAGUGAUACAAAUACUGAACUCGUUUUUGAGAACGGUAGAAUAAUAGAAAGAGAAGGAGGUGUUAGACGUAAUGAAGAUAAUAUACCUGAUGAGACAGCAAGAAAUGUAGAAGAGAUACCACAAGUUCGUGUGGAGGACAGCAAUGCUGAUGUUGUUAUACCUAUCAACGCUGAAACUAUACCUGAUAUGGUACCUGUAUAAAGAUACUCAAGUAAAACUAAGUUAUUAGAUGCAAUACAAGAUACAGUAAUGGUUCUAUUCUGUGGUAUUAAAGUAUUUUUGUACAUUUUCCAAGUGGAAUGACGUAAAUCUCAUAGUAUAAAUUUGAAAUAUUAUAGUAAGUAUUUACUCUAUUUCCAAACUAAUAAAUUACAACCAAAUAUAUGAAAUAAUUUUUGAUGAUAUUGAAAUUAUUAGACAUUCCCCACAAAGUAGUGUAGUUGUAGUACACAAAACUCAUGUACAAUAUAUUUGUAAAGCUACGUAGAUCUUUCCAAUACUUCACUAGUAUAAGAUAGAGGUACCUAUUGCUUAUAUAGUAUAU